CCUCCAGUUAUUGAAUUCCUCUGAUCAUCAUCGUCCACCAUGGACUCACCGCUAAUCAUCGAAGAAGAAGACGAAGAGGCGUUGGCUACGCUCGUCCCUGUUCCGCCUCGACGUAAAACGCAUUCCUAUAGCCUACAAUUCGAUCAAAAGCCACACCAUCAGAUCCGCAAACACAGCCUCGACGAGGUUCCUAGAUCCGCUACAUUAGCAUCCGAAGCCGUUUAUUUCGAUUCCUCCGACGACGAAUUCUCCACCGGAGGUAACAUCACAGAAAACCCCGCUGAUGAAACCAACGGCGUAGCUGAGGAUUACAUCAUCGUCAAUCCUCCUCCCAAUGUCGGUGUUGGGGAUGACGACACCGAGCCAUUACCUGAAUUCAUCGGCGCUGGAGGCGGCGCCGGGAUAUUCAAGGUCCCGGUACGCGCGGCGGUGCAUCCCGGCCGACCGCCGUGUCUUGAGCUGAGGCCGCAUCCGUUAAGGGAGACACAGACUGGGAAAUUCUUGAGGAACAUUGCUUGUACGGAGACGCAGCUUUGGGCUGGUCAAGAGAAUGGUGUGAGGUUUUGGAAUUUGGAAGAUGCGUAUGAGGCUGGGUGUGGGAUUGGUGGCCAGGUACGCCGAGGGGAUGAGGAUACGGCGCCGUUUCAUGAGUCGGUUACUACUUCUCCAACAAUGUGUUUGGUUGCUGACCAAAGCAACAAGCUUUUGUGGAGUGGUCACAAGGAUGGCAAAAUCCGGGCUUGGAAGAUGGAUCAGAGUUCUGUUUCUGAUGAUGAUGAUUCUAAUCCUUUCAAGGAGCGAAUCUCGUGGCUAGCUCAUCGUGGUCCUGUCAAUUCCAUUGUCAUUAGCUCUUAUGGUGAUAUGUGGUCAUGUUCUGAAGGAGGUGUGAUAAAAAUAUGGCCUUGGGAUACGUUAGAGAAAUCUCUGCUGCUUAAACCGGAGGAGAAACACAUGGCUGCUUUAUUAGUGGAGAGGUCUGCCAUUGACCUCAGGAGCCAAGUUACUGUCAAUGGGACAUGUAGCAUAUCAUCCUCAGAAGUCAAGUUUUUGUUAGCCGAUUCAGUAAGAGCUAAAGUGUGGGCUGUGCAGUCACUCUCAUUCUCAAUCUGGGAUGCUCGGAGUAAAGACCUUCUGAAAGUUUUAAAUGUUGAGGGGCAAGUUGAGAAUCGUGGGGACAUGCCACCUAUACAAGACCAACAAGUUGAUGAUGAAAUGAAAUUGAAGUUCUUCUCGGCUUCAAAAAGGGAAAAACCACAGGGCUUUCUGCAGCGAUCACGUAAUGCUAUAAUGGGAGCUGCAGGAGCUGUUCGCCGAGUCGCCACUAGAAGUGCAGGUGCGUUUUCAGAAGAUACUAGGAAAACAGAAGCUAUCGUGUUAGCUGUAGAUGGAACAAUAUGGACUGGAAGCAUAAGUGGCCUCAUUGUUCAGUGGGAUGGAAAUGGAAACCGCUUGCGGGAUGUGAAUCACCAUCACCGGCCUGUUUUGUGCUUUUGCACUUUUGGCGAUCGAAUAUAUGUGGGUUAUGCAAGUGGCUACAUCCAGGUCUUGGAUUCCGACGGAAAGCUAAUUUCAAGCUGGGUUUCACACAAUGAACCUGUGAUAAAGCUAGCAGCAGGUGGUGGUUUCAUUUUCAGUUUGGCCACUCAUGGUGGAGUACGAGGAUGGUAUGUGACAUCUCCAGGACCCCUGGACAACAUAAUCCGUACGGAAUUGUCUCAGAAGGAAACUUUAUAUGCCAGACAAGACAAUGUUAGAAUUUUAAUUGGUACCUGGAAUGUUGGUCAAGGACGGGCUUCACAUGAUGCACUUAUGUCAUGGCUGGGCUCUGUCACUUCAGAUGUAGGCAUUGUUGCUGUUGGGUUGCAAGAGGUGGAGAUGGGGGCAGGCUUCCUUGCCAUGUCUGCUGCUAAAGAAACGGUUGGACUUGAAGGAAGUGCUGUGGGGCAAUGGUGGAUUGAUGCAAUUGGAAAAGCACUUGAUGAGAAAAACACUUUCGAGCGUAUGGGUUCAAGGCAGUUGGCAGGACUUCUGAUAUCUCUUUGGGCGAGGAAGGAUAUUAGAACUCAUGUUGGAGAUCUUGAUGUUGCAGCAGUUCCAUGUGGUUUUGGCCGUGCCAUUGGCAACAAGGGAGGUGUAGGUCUGAGAAUCAGAGUUUAUGACCGAAUAAUGUGCUUUGUGAAUUGCCACUUGGCUGCACAUUUGGAGGCGGUUAAUCGCAGAAACGCGGAUUUCAAUCACAUUUUUCGAUUGAUGGUCUUUUCCCGAGGACAAAAUCUAAGUAACGCUGCAGCUGCUGGUGUCUCAACUUCAGCUUAUACCACAAAGAGUAACACUAUUCCAAGCACCGGCGCUGAAGAAAUCAAGUCUGAUCUUGCAGCAGCAGACAUGGUCGCAUUUUUUGGCGAUUUCAACUAUAGGCUGUUUGGUAUAACCUAUGAUGAAGCAAGGGACUUCAUUUCACAGCGAUCCUUCGAUUGGCUCAGAGAAAGAGACCAACUUAGAGCAGAGAUGAAGGUUGGAAAAGUCUUCCAAGGAAUGCGCGAGGCAUUAAUCACUUUCCCUCCGACUUACAAAUUUGAAAGGAAUCGCUCAGGCCUUGGAGGAUAUGAUUCAGGGGAGAAAAAGCGAAUUCCUGCGUGGUGUGACAGAGUUAUAUAUAGAGACACUCAAUCAAGCCCAUUCUCAGAGAGCAAUUUGCAAUGCCCUGUAGUUUCAUCAGUCAUAAUGUAUGAAGCUUGCAUGGAUGUUACUGAGAGCGAUCAUAAACCCGUGCGCUGCAAAUUUCAUGCGACAAUAGCUCAUGUUGAUAAAUCUGUGCGGAGACAGGAACUGGGGAAAAUAAUAAGGUCUAAUGAGAAGAUUUUAUCCAUAUUCGAAGAUUUAAGAUUUGUUCCAGAAACUUUUGUGAGCACCAACAACAUUGUUCUUCAGAGUCAGGACACAGUCAUCCUAACAAUCACAAACAAUUCACCCACGAGCAAAGCCAUUUUUAACAUUCUGUGCAGCGGUCAGGCUGUAGUUAAGGAUGACGGAGAAGAUCCUGACUAUAAUCCACGAGGGUCCUUUGGUCUUCCACGCUGGCUUGAGGUUUCGCCUGCGGCUGGGAUAAUAAAUCCAGAAGGAUCCGUGGACGUUAAAGUUCAUCAGGAAGAUUUUCACUCAAUGGAGGAAUGUGUUGAUGGCAUCCCACAGAAUUGGUGGUGCGAAGACACUCGAGAUAAAGAAGCAAUCCUGACGGUGAACAUUCGAGGAAGCUGCUCAACUACAUUGACAAGCCACUCUAUCAAAGUCCGUCAUUGCUUCUCGGCCAGAGUAUGUCUCCUUGAGAACAGACCCACGAACCUAACAAAGAACUUAGGCGGUUCACGUCGUUACCCAACAGAUAUUACCCGUAAUGGAAGCACUAGACCAAGAACCGAAGACUCGGUUAGACGAGGUAAAAGCCGGUGAUGAGCUCUUGUAACUUUGACAGUUUUAACUAGAUCUUAGAGCAGAAGAACAACAAAGCCAUCACAAAACAAAUGCAUCAGGUGAAG